CCGGGCGCGUGCACCUGCCGGUGUUCCCCCCCACCCCCCCCCGGCCUGGCGGGUGGUUCCUCCCGCUGCCCGCACGCGGCGCUGCGGACGAGCCCACGCGGGAGGCGCGCGGGGGGCGGCCAGGCGCGCGGCCGGCGCGGGGAGCGCGCGGCUGGGCUCGGAGCGGCGCGGAGCGGAGCGGGCGGCGGGGGAAGAUGGAAGGAGCCUCCUUCGGAGCGGGCCGGGCGGGGGGGGCCAUCGACCCCGUGGAUUUCCUGAAGCAGCCGCAGACCAUCCUCCGGGUGACGACCUGGAUCUUCUCCAUCGUGGUGUUUGGCUCCAUCGUGAACGAGUGCUACGUGAACAAGGACAGCCAGCACCCUGAGCUGCUCUGCAUCUUCAACGAGAAUGAGAGUGCCUGCAGCUACGGCAUCGCUGUUGGCGUCAUUGCCUUCUUUGGCUGUAUCUUCUUCUUUGUCGUGGACCUCUACUUCCAGCAGAUCAGCAGCGUUAAGGAUCGCAAACGGGCCGUCCUGCUGGACCUUGGCUUUUCAGGUUUCUUGUCCUUCCUGUGGUUUGUAGCCUUCUGCUUCCUAGCAAACCAGUGGCAACGGACAACAAUGAGCAGAGGGGUUUCACAAGGAGCAGAUGCCGCCCGGGCUGCCAUCACCUUCUCUUUCUUCUCCAUCAUCGCCUGGGUCGCGCUGGCAGUGAAGGCGCUGCAGAGGUACCGCCUGGGGACGGACAUGUCACUCUUUGCCACCGAUCAGUUCACUGCUGACCCCAACGCGGCGUACCCCGGCUACCCCACUGGCAGCGGCAUCGAGAGCACAGAGACCUACCAGAGCCCCCCCUUCACCGAGACCUUAGACACCAACCCGAAAGGUUACCAAGUGCCAGUGUACUGAGGGGCGAGGGCCGCGUACCAAGAGACCGAGUCCUACGGUGCAGUACUCUUAACUGGUUGAUUGCAAAUGUAUUCAGUCCCAUUUCCUUAAUGUGGCAAGUCAGUGCUGGGUUCCUUACUAUUAGCUAGUUGUGCAGUGAAUUCUGUACAGUGGUAUUGGUUCUUGUCUUACCUGUCCAAGGGUUUUAUAAAAGCAGUGUUCCCUCUAAGUCCGAAGGAAGGAAGGUUGCUACCGCAUCACCUACACGUGGCGAAAGGCGAAUAAAUGCCCUCUCUGAGGCUUGACACUGGGUAGUCGGCGUUGGGUUCUGCUGAGCGCCCGGGAAAGCCCAGAAUAACUUUUCCUGUUAGUAGUCACAGUAGCUGAGGAGUUGCUAUUUAUCUCGUUCUUCCAGAGCUAACACAGAAUCGUUCUCAUGGUGGCAAGGGUGGGUGGGUGGGCGGCGCUGGGGAGGUUGGCCCCACGCCGCUCCCGCUGCACAGCUUUCCUGUACGCGUUCCAUGGAAAGUGCCAGAUUCACAAAGAAAUAAGUGGCAUCUGUGUUACUUUUAUUUGUAUAUAUUUACUGUACAAAACAAAAUCCAAAAAGGUGUUUCAAACUUAGCUUAGGAUGCAAGCGGCAUGGCGGGGGGCACAGUGGGUUGGGGUGAUGUUGAAUAUCCAAAUUGCUUCUACGCUUCAGCAGGGUUCUGGUUGAGGGUGUAAAAAGUUACUGUUUGAUACUGGAAACCAGUUCAGCAAUAGUUGGCUGCUAAUUAGGAAUAGCCUUUUAUCAGUGGAAAAUACGGCGUGUUGCGGUUCCACUUCUUCACCGAGGGAUUAGGAAAGUUUGCAAAUUUACAAAUAGUUUCUGGUUGGCAACGCUGAACACUUACUCACGCUCAAACCCAGAGCUGCCAACACGAAAGGGGUGGGCGUCUAAGCGACUUAAAGUCCAAGUCAAUUAGGAGCGGUAUUGAACUUGUAUUUUUAUACUGGGAGCAGCCACCAUCUGUCAUCAGCUGCCGCAGAGCCUCAGGUGUGAACGUACAUUUUACCCCGCCGUCCCUAGAAAGGAGAAAUUCAGGCGGAGAAUUGGAAAGACUUUACAGGCCAUGGAAGUCCAUCGUGUGGGGGCUCACGGCCCCAUGUUUGCAAAUAGUGGGAGAAGAGGGUGAAUGAAAAGGACCCAGGAAAAAGAGGCUCAGGUCUGGUUUUCAGCUGCAAAAUUCCUGUCUUGUCAAAAACAGCUAAAUGUGUAAAAUCCAGUAGCUCCUUUCAGCAACCUGCCUGCUUGCCCUGCCUGCCUGCCUGCGCGGUGGCUGUGAUCCGAGCUGUUUGUCACUAAAGACUAAGCAGAGGAGCUGAAACUUGAAUUCCUGACAGCUCCAUCCUUAGAGGCCCCCGGUCCUCCUGGCUCCCGGCGAGCUGGGGUUUCGCCUUGCCACUUUACGCCGGCAAAAGUUGCGUGCUGCCUUCUGACCUUGUGACAAGCAAUAGUGACCCGACUGCCCCAGCUCUCCUUGUAGCAAAAGCAUCCAGCAGUUAUUUUGUCAUCAUUAACACGGCUCAUUUCUGCUGCUAAAUUGCAAAUAAAUGCAUUAAUUAAUAAGCAGCGAAUCUCAUCACAAGCAGUCACUCUCCGUGACAAAGUGCAUUACUUGACUCCCCUCCUGCUGAGGCCAGGAUAAAGGUGCGUUUGCAGCGAGGGCUGGCUUUGCUGGCGCUGCGCUCCUCCUGCUCGCCUGAUGGCACCGGAGCCACCGGAGCCACUGGAGCUGUGCUGGGAUUGUUUGGGCAGCAUUUCCCAGCUCGGACACUUCUCCCGCGCCACUGUAGCAUCCCUGCUCAGCGCAGCCGCACGCGGUGGCACCGAGACCUGGCGUCCCCCCGCAGUCCCCACCGUGGGCUUUCCCCAUGGUGACAGCAGAGAUGUCUCUCCCUCUGGACACCUUUGCACCCACUUGGAGGUCCAAACGCCGUCGGGGUACGUAGCUCGGCCCCGCUGCCUGGCCCUGUGCCCGCGGCAGAGGCAGGGGCGAGCAGGGGGAUGCUGCACUGCUUUACUGGAGUGUCCCCUGCUUGGCUAAUGCAAGGAGCAAGGAGGUGACCCAGGGGCAUCUGCUGGUGGCCCGUGCCGGCAGGGCUUGGUGAGCAGGGAGACAGCUUCACAUUAAGCAGACCAGGGAUACCCAAACCCCAGUACGGUCUAAGCCUAAAUUAGUGACGGGACCCUUGUGAUUUUUCUAGAGUCAAAAAAGAAAAAAAAAGGCAAAGGAUUUUAAUACAGGGUACGGUAGAACUGUAGCAAUAUUUUCCUUAGAGGGAACACUGAAAUCUUAGCAGCACAAACAGUACUUGUGUUAAUAUUUUAGCAAAAUUAUAAUCAAUUUAAAUGUUUAAAUUGAUUGUAUGUGAGAUAAUGUUUGUUCAGUACAUUGUAUUUUUUCUAACUAUAUAACUGUUCCAGAGUUUCCUUGUAACCGUAAAGAACUAAAGCUCUGUCUGACUGCGGGACGUGUCCUGACCCCUGGUGUAACCAUGCUGAAUAUUACAACAUCUGAAUGUACGCACCGAGGCCUGCAUUGCCUUUCUUUCCUCCCCACACUCCCACCCGCCAGCGGUGGGACGCAGAAGGGACGCACACGCACCCCCCACGCACGCUCUCGUGCCACGACUGACCUUAAGAGCAGCAACGGUGCAACGGGGACGACUUUCAGCCUGACUCCAGCCCCCGGCCGAGACCCCGUUGUUCUUCUCAAGGUCAGCGGCUUUUUCCAGCUCCCCCGAAGUCAGUGUUACCGUGAACUUGCAGUCGCACGGUCAGCGUGCAGGGACCCGGCUGCAUCGUGCUGGGCAGGAGAGGAGGAGGAGGAGGAAGGGACUCGGGUGGCCAAGAGGCUUCCUGGCAGCGGGAAGGCAGGACAGAUUGCUCCUUAAUUAAACCGGGAAUAACGUGUCCAGCCACAUCAACAGGCACCUCAAGGAAGCUUAACCCUGCUCCCUCUACCACCACAAAUGCCUGUCCCGGUCGGUGGAGACCAGGGUGGCACUGGGAAGAGUCGGCUCGCAGUGCUGGGCUGCUCUGCAGGCAGGGGCAGGCAGCCCACAGCGGGUGGAUGUUUUUGGGGCAGUAGUGCUGGGUUUAUAGAUGUUGUUGCCCCACCUAGACUGUGUCAGCCGGGCAGGACGGGAUGAGCCGUAAUUACCGUGCAUCACCCGAGACACACACGCUGGGACGAGCAGCUGCCCACCUCGAACCAAACCCGCUGUCUGGCGGCCGUCGCCCUGCCGAGUUACAACGUGCCCAGCAGCAGGGUGACACCAGCCCCGCGAUGCAGCGUCCUCCCCCUUGCAUGAAAUCCUCUUUCCAUGCUCGCCCCCGUGAGCCCCCGCAGGGUCCCCACGAGCCCCGCGGUGCCGGCAGUGCUGUGCAGCGGCUGCUGGAGCACAUCGGCGUGUCCAGGACUCGCCAGGCAGGCCAGUGUGGGCAGGCACGGGCUGUAGCUAAUAGAACCUCACGGGCUUAUGGUUAGAGAACUAGAUCCAUCGGUGUAAUAACUGUAGUGCAUUAUUUGGGGUUCAGGUAUUUGGAACAUCAGUCCUCGGACGUCUUUCUCCCGCUUUUUUCUCCCCGCGUGUUGGCCGGGAUACGGGCGCGCUGGCUCCCUUCGAACCCGGCCCACGUCCCAGAAGCGUGCCCGGCGUGCGCGGGGGCUGCCGUGCCAGCUGCUGCCCCGUGCUCCCUGCCAAGCUUCCAGCUCUUCUCCCAGCCAUCUCGGCAGUCAGCAGCUGACUCGAGCUUGCGGAGGGCAGGAGUUGCUGCUCCCAGGCUGGCAUUAGCGCUGGAUUUGGGUGUAAAGAGAACCCAAACCACCCCCGCCUGUGCCGGAGGUGUGUUCUGCCAAAUCCUUGUUCCAUGUUGUUCUGUGGCAACACCAGGCGUAGUUCUCAGAAGUUAACCGCACCAUGGGAUUUGCAUGUUUUAAUUUUAAGCAUAUUAAAAGAUUUGAAAGAAUUAGGAUUUUUUCCCCCAUUUGAAGCUGUUCCUAGCGAGGUGGGUUUUGCUUAACUGAUACUUAGGGAAGCCAUCUCCCCCCUUACACACUUCUGUUUCUCGGGGGUUUGAGCAGUUAAAGCCUGUUAAGCCAUGUCUACAAGCAGUUGGGGUUUCACCAGCUGUUUUGCCUGGGCGCUUUGUAGGACGAGUUCCCCCCAGUUUACGCUCCAGCAGCAGCAGCUAUGGCUUUGCUCUUCUGCUUCCGUCGGGCAGCAGUUCCGCACAGGGUAACUCACCCCCUCCUCUCUCCACAGAACAGCGUAGCUGUCUCACUCUUAGCUCUGCCUGCUGCAGCGAGCGGUGAGGUCACCUAAAACCAAACCAAGCUGCCUGUGGUCACUGUCCACUCAUGCGUAAAUCACACCGUUCCUUUUCAUUCCUCUCCAUAAACACUACUGCAUGUGCUCACAGACUUCCUUUCAGCCUUUUUUUUCCCUGAAGCUUGAUGGAGAGAGCGGAUGGGUCUGGUUCCACCCUUGUUUAUUCCCAGUACUUUCCUCAGUGGCAUGUUGAAGUCGUGCGUGGCAGAAGACCCUCUCCCCCCACCAGCAAGGCUCAGACACAGCCUUCGCUCUGUCAACUUGAAACCCAAGUUCAGCUGCCUGUAUUUUGUUGCAAUACGCGUUUAAACCUCACAUUCCUGAAGAGUUUUAAUAUCAAACUGAUACCAAAUGUGGUUUGCAAAAUUUAAGGGUUUGUUGGUUUGGGGUUUUUUUUCAGAUACCUCUGUAUAAGCAGACCGCUUCAAAGAGUUGCAGUUGUCUCUAACCUUAUGUGCAUUGUAGUAUAAAGUGGACUGUGUAUGGAAACAAGUUAAAAAUGUUUACAACUUUUGUAUAUAUUAUACAUAUAAAAAUAUCUUUUGAGAGAACAAUCUGUGACAAUGUAUUUUCAGUGUCCGUGUACCAACUGCAACUUAUUUUCAAUAAAGAGUUAAAAAUGA